GUUUAUGGUACAAAUGUGUGACACGAACGCCUCGACCAGGAGCGAACACAGUUGAGGUCUCGUUUCUCUCUCUCUUUUUUCUCUCCGCCUUUUUAGCCGAGAGUAAGACGUUUUGAAAGUUCACCUCGCUCAGAGACCCCAAUGUUUUAGGUGCAGAGGAGGUCAGUGGACUGGGCCAAGGUGACAGAGGCAGUACACCAUGUCUCACACCCAUUCAGACGGCCGUGCGGGUGACCAGGUCCCUCUAAUUCUGGAGAGCCACUUUUCCACAGAACUUCAUAUAUCUGAACCUGGCGAUGAAUGCUGCCAGUCACAAAACGGCCCCACUGUCCGGCCUGAGGUGCGCAAAACCCAAGAGGAUGAACCUGACGGGCUGGAGGUGCCCCAGCAGCUGAUUUUGAGCACCCAAAGUGCAGUGGCGCUGAAGCUUGGCACUCAGCAGAUCAUCCCCAAAAACCUAGCCGUGGCCAGCCGGCCCAAAAACCGCCACCACACCACCGUGGUCACGUUCCCUGUGGGACUGGAGAAUACCAGUAACGGAUCCCGCAUCCGACACUCAGCCCAGGGCUCUGAUGUGAGCUGGGAGGACUAUGACAGUGAUGGAGACGGCUUCGCUUUGAGGAGGAACCGCAGGAACAGGUCCUACAGAGCAGCAGUGACCAGCCUGGACAUUGAGGCUAUGGCGAGGGGGAAAGGGGCUGCAAAGGCACUAAAACCUCUGAAAGAAGGCAGAGCAUCCAGUCCAGGUGCAGCCCGCAGUCCUGGGAGGAAGCGAACCCUGGCUAGAAAGAGGAACCGUAACCAGCGUGGAUCAUUCAAAGAUGCAACGCCGUGCCUCUACCAGGAGAUCCGAGAGCGGGGUUUGCACUCUACCAACCAGGAUGAGCUACUGGACGACUUUGUAGUGGUGGAAGCUCCUGUCGAGGACCAGAGCAUCGUGGUGAAGAGCUACAGGCCAGCGCAGCUCACCUGGAGCCAGCUGCCACAGGUGAAGGAUACCGGCAUACUGAAGAUGAUCUCGCCUCAAGAGAGAAAGAGACAAGAGGCAAUCUUUGAAAUAAUCACAUCAGAACAUUCAUACCUGCACAGCCUGGGUAUCCUGGUGGGACAUUUUAAGGAGAGUGAAGCUCUGAGGAGAACCAUGACGACCACAGAGCAUCACCACCUCUUCUCCAACAUCUCUGUUAUUCACCAAGUCAGCAAACGCUUUUUUGAGGAUCUUGAGCGGCGUCACUAUGACAACCCAGUCAUCCGCGACAUUAGCGACAUUGUUCAGAACCACGCCGCCCACCACUUUGAGCCGUACAUCGUCUACUGUUCCAAUGAGACCUUCCAGCAGAGGACGUUGCAGAAGCUCCUGAGCAGUAAUGGUGCGUUUAAGGACACCUUGAAGCAAAUUGAAGGGAGCAGUGAAUGUGGAGGCCUCCCAAUGAUCUCUUUUCUCAUCCUUCCCAUGCAACGUGUUACCAGACUGCCACUGCUGCUGGAUACAAUUUGCCAGAAGACUCCUGACAAGACCGCCGAGUACUUUGCUGCAGUCUGGGCGUUGCAUGCCAUCAGCAAGUUGGUCGGCAGCUGCAAUGACGGUGCACGGCGGAUGGAGAGGACGGAACAGAUGUACACCAUCCAGAAACAGAUGGAGUUUGGUAAAAUCAAGCCGUUUCCACUGGUGUCGUCGUCACGCUGGCUGAAGAAACGUGGCGAGCUGGCCAUCUGUGCUGAAGAGCUAAGCAUCUGGAGAGCGUUCAGUAACAGGAGCAAAUACCUGUUUCUCUUCAAUGAUGUACUUAUUGUCACCAAGAGGAAGAGCGAGGACAGUUUUGUGGUGAUGGACUACGCCACCCUGGAGAAUGUGGAGGUGGAGGUCAGCGAUGAAACAGACGGUCAGGCUUCGCCACUUGGCAAGAGCAGCUCCGGCCAAAAUCUGUCCUUCAAGCUGCUCAUGAGCAAGAACAGUGAGGGCCGACAAGAGCGCACCACCCUAGUGGCUGAGUCCAGGGUGGACCGGGCACGCUGGAUAGUCGCUCUCACCCAGCACAAGCAGACAGAGCUUUUCUCCUGCAAAGAUGGUCUGCCCCAGUACGAGGCCACCAAAGCCUACAUGCCCAAAGAGCCCGACGAGCUGGGCCUGAGGCAAGCCGAGCUAGUCAUCGUCCAGAGGAAGGAGGAUGACCCUAUGCUCCCACCAGGCUGGUGCUAUGGAGAGCGGAUGCGCGACGGUGAGAGAGGCUGGUUUCCUGCCAGCUGUGCUACAGAGAUCACCAAUCCCACAGCCAUAGAGGACAACAUGCAGCGGAUGAAGCGCCUCCGCAAAGAGACCAAUGUUUGAGAAUAGAAUUGGCUUGGAAAGCAUUCAUCCACAAGAACAUUUGUGAGGUCAGAGAGCUCACUUUCACACCAACCUCAUCCAAGCAUGCCUUUUCAUGGACCUUGCAGGCAGACGACUUGCUAGUCGGUGGUAAAUGGGAGGUACAGCCCAAUGCAAUUAUAUUCAUGACAAUGGAGCGCCUUCACCGCACUUCACUUUGUCAAAGCCUUAUUAAAAAAAAUUUUUUAACUGAAAAUUCAACGAGGUUUUUUUUAAGAUGUUUGAAAAAUUAUUGAAAAUAAAACUAAGAAAUCAUGUUUAAAAACAAAAACUUAUGGUGUUUAGAAUUUAAGGGAAAAAAAUUAGUUAGCUGUACAGUGGUGCCUUGAGAUGAGUUUAUUUCAUUCUGUAACCACAUAUUUUGAGGCACCUCUGUAUAAUAAACGUCUUUCCAUAUGUACUGUAUACUCUGUGGGUUUCACCAGGGCCCAGUUUGUUUCCAUCAAACCAAUCCUUUCCAUGUCAUUAGCAAUUUCCUAUUUUGGUUGCUGUAUUUAACUUGUGAUAGCAAUUAAGCCUAUAGUCUUUAUUUAAAAGCUGUUAUUUUAUGUAUGUUGAGAAACACUGCAAAUAUUGAAAUGUAUUUGACACUUAAUGCAUAAACAAUUCAAAACCCCAGAGCAACUUGAAUCUUAACAUCUUGAAGAUUAGUUGUGCAUAUGAUCGCUGUAGGCUAUAGCUCGGGGAUGGGCAAAAUAUGUCCCGGGGGACCACAGAAAGCCCGCUCAGUUUUUAUCUGGUGGUCUGCACAUUUACAUUAUCAGGAGUCCAUUUUUUUCCUAAAACUGAUUAAUUAAAAUUAAUGGGUUGUUAAAUGCACAACUUGUUAAAUAUAGUUACACAUUCAAAUUAGUAAGUCAUUUUACAAACUGUACUUUGGGGGGGGGGGGGUUUAAGCUACAAAAUCUAAGUUAAAUGUAGCCCUUCAGCACAAAGGUUUGCUCAGCCCUAAUCUGAAUACUGGUUAUUGUGAUAUACAUUAUGAAGUGGGUGUCACCAUAUUUGCUUUGCAACUUCAAAUGACCAAGAUCAGCCUUCAGUAUAGAUCAUAUGUAUUUUUGUGAAGCCUUAAGUUAGCUUUUAGUUGCCUACAUCCAAUAAAUAAAACAAUCACUCCAUUG